AUGGCGUUGAGAGAGACUGCUGGGCUCUACGAGACGCUGAAAGCCGAGUGGAAUAAGAAAACCCCCAGUCUCAGCAAAUGUGGCGAACUACUCACUAAACUCAAGGUGUCGUUACUGGAGCUGAACUUUCUUCCCACAAGUGGCUCCACGUUCACUAAACAGCAGCUUAUUUUAGCACGCGAUGUCCUGGAAAUCGGAGCGCUGUGGAGCAUCCUGAAAAAAGACAUCCCGUCCUUUGAGCGCUACAUGGCCCAACUCAAGUGCUAUUACUUUGACUACAAGGAGGAGCUUCCGGAAGCAGCCUACAUGCACCAGAUUCUUGGACUCAAUCUGCUCUUCCUCCUCUCGCAAAACCGUGUGUCCGAGUUCCACACGGAGCUGGAACGGCUGAGUGCGCGCGACAUCCAGACCAACGUCUAUAUCAGGCAUCCUGUGUCCUUAGAGCAGUAUUUAAUGGAAGGAAGCUACAACAAAGUUUUCCUCGCCAAAGGCAACAUCCCCGCAGAGAGCUACAAUUUCUUCAUUGACAUCCUGCUCGACACCAUUCGGGACGAGAUCGCCGGCUGCAUCGAGAAAGCGUACGAGCAGAUUCAGUUCACCGAAGCCACGCGCGUGCUUUUCUUCACCUCGUCGAAAAAGAUGACCGACUACGCCAAGAAGCGCGGUUGGAGUUUAAACGCCGCCGGUGGCUACUCGUUCAGCAGUCAGCAGCAACGCACGGAGGAGGUUAGCAUUCCAUCUACGGAGCUGGCGCAGCAGGUCAUCGAAUACGCCAGGCAGCUGGAGAUGAUCGUCUGA